AUGAAGAUCAGAGUCCGUGGGCCAUCGGGCCAAUCGACGGUCAUUUUGGACGAGUCAGCCACGGUCCACGACCUUCGAGGUCAGAUUGCGGAGAAGACCGGUCUCACCAGCUACGACGUCAAAUAUGGAUACCCGAAUCUCCAACCACUGGAGAUCGACAGUUGGACACCGGAGCAAAAGCUCUCCGAGAUCGAGAUCAACCUGAACGGGGAGCAGUUAAUCGUGGCGCAGAAAGAGGGCGCCACUCAAGGGCUUAGUGGUGAUGCGCUCUUACAACCUGCCUCGGCCACCCAAUUCUCGAAGCAGACAUCUACGCCCCGAAAGUCGCAUGAAGGCUCUGCCGAUGAUCCGCCUGAGAUUGCCUCCCCCGAGCAUGCGGGCACUUUUGUACUCCGUGUCAUGGCCGAUGACAACUCGUGUCUCUUUCGUGCUGUGGGCACCGCGGUCAUGGGCGAUAUGGACACAAUGGUCGAGUUACGGUCGAUCGUUGCAGGGUCGAUUCAGGCUAAUCCGACAGAGUACACGGCCGCCAUUCUUGGGAAAAAGCCAGACGAUUACUGUCGCUGGAUCCAGAACGAGGAUUCCUGGGGUGGCGCCAUAGAACUCAAGAUCCUGAGCGAAUACUUCAACAUCGAGAUCUGUUCAAUCGACGUUCAGACUCUUCAUAUGUUUCAGUUUAACGAAGGCGCCCCGACUCGGUGUAUCGUGGUGUACUCGGGGAUUCAUUACGACGUCAUCGCGCUCUCUCCGUCUGAUCCGCCCUACACCCAUGCCAACGCAUUCGCGCACACCGACACCAAGAUUUUCGACGCCGCAGAUCCUGUUGUCCUGCAAAAGGCCAAGGAGAUAUGUCGAGUCUUGCAAGGCAAGCACUACUAUACAGACACCGCCGGGUUCCUCGUCCGCUGCAACACCUGCGGAGGCACAUUCACGGGAGAGAAGGGGGCUACCAAUCACGCUGCGGAAACCGGCCAUUACGAUUUUGGCGAGGCGGGCUAA